UGAUCUGUCAGGGUAACUUAAUAAGCGUGCUGUACUGCAUAUGAAUACAUAGGUAUAUACAUUUUAUUUCCUUUUUCCCCUCCGUGCAAUUUUACCGAUAUUUAAUUUAUCCUCUUGUAUUACCUGUCUAUCAUUCAAAAUGCUUACAACACGCUCACCACUCUCUAAGAAGAACACCAAUGCAAUCACCACUCAAAUGGACAACAUUUCGCUGGUCGACAAAGAAAACACGCCUCCUAGCCUGAACACUACCCGAAUUCUGGCCUCAAGAACCGCGCGCAAAAUCUUUGCUGACGAUUCUGAGGUUAAGCCCCAAAAUGUCAAGAAAUUCAACACAGAAGAGCCACUCCUGAAAGAAAAUCCACGCCGGUUUGUCAUUUUCCCCAUCAAGUACCAUGACAUCUGGCAGAUGUACAAGAAGGCAGAAGCUUCAUUCUGGACAGCUGAGGAGGUUGAUCUUUCCAAAGACACGCAGCACUGGGAUUCUUUGAAGGAUGAGGAGAGAUACUUCAUCUCUCAUGUACUGGCUUUCUUUGCUGCUAGUGAUGGCAUUGUCAAUGAGAACCUGGUCGAGCGAUUUACACAGGAAGUCCAGGUGACGGAAGCAAGAUGCUUCUAUGGUUUCCAAAUCGCCAUGGAGAACAUCCACUCUGAGAUGUACAGCCUGCUCAUUGACACCUACAUCAAAGACCCCAAAGAGAGGGACUACCUCUUCAAUGCCAUUGAAACUCUCCCCUGUGUGAAGAGGAAGGCUGAUUGGGCCCUGAACUGGAUCGGUAACAAAAAUGCUGGAUUUGGUGAGCGUGUGGUUGCAUUUGCGGCUGUUGAGGGGAUCUUCUUCUCUGGGUCCUUUGCUGCCAUUUUCUGGCUGAAGAAGAGGGGGCUCAUGCCUGGCCUGACCUUCUCAAAUGAGCUCAUCAGCAGAGACGAGGGCCUGCACUGUGACUUUGCCUGCCUCAUGUUCAAGCACCUGGUGCACAAGCCCUCAAAGGAGACUGUCACCAAGCUCAUCAGGAACGCAGUGGAGAUUGAGCAGGAGUUCCUGACGAAGGCCCUUCCAGUAAAGCUGAUUGGCAUGAACUGUGACCUGAUGACCCAGUACAUAGAGUUUGUGGCUGACAGGCUGAUGCUGGAGUUGGGCUUUGACAAGAUCUACAGAGUGGAGAAUCCUUUUGACUUCAUGGAGAACAUCUCACUGGAGGGCAAGACUAACUUCUUUGAGAAGCGAGUAGGGGAGUACCAGAGAAUGGGUGUGAUGUCUGGCACCACAGACAACGCCUUCCGGCUGGAUGCUGACUUCUAAAGCUCUUACAAGCCCCCAAGAUGCCCUUGACAUUAGACUUUUUGAAACUGUAAAUACUUGAAAAGGGACAUGGCCCAGACUAGAUGCUACCGGACCGACCAGACUCCUAUGUGGGCCCUGAUGAAAAGUAGCCCACAAUAUAGAGACUAGGGUGCCAUUUAGGGUGUGUACUUGGAUUGUCUGGUCCACAGAUAACACAUGUAUAUUACCAUUCACAACUGACCCUAUUUGCAGUAGAUCUCUAGUUUAAUCCAUGUUCUUAUUUGUAUAGUAGUUCAUUUUAUCUGUUUAAUUUUGUAAUUAAAUUUGAAAAAUCCAA